AUGGCUUCCAUAUCUGCUAGAAGACUAGCGAAAGAGCUGCACGAAAUACAGACAGAGGGUUGUCCAGUUGGAAUAAAUCUCUUACAGGCAGAUGACUUUGCGGCAUGGCAAUUCACUAUAGAGGUCAUGGGGGAGUCGCUGUACCAGGGCGAAGUUUUCACUCUGCUAUUCCGGUUCGAUAAGCACUACCCGAUAUCAUCUCCAGCUGUUCAGUUUGUUGUUACUGAUGGCAAGACAUCGCCCGUGCACCCGCACGUAUACUCCAAUGGACAUAUUUGCGCGUCGAUCCUUGGGAAUGAGUGGUCGCCCGUCCUCAGUGUCAUUGCGGUGUGUCUAACGUUACAGAGCAUGCUGGCGUCUUGCAAGAAGAAGGAACGCCCUCCAGAUAACGAUCGCUACGUGCGACAUGCACCUGACAACCCGAAGAAAACGCAAUUUCACUACGAUGGUAAUAGUCCAUAAUACAAAUUGAUAGCUUACUGACAAACAUACCCUGAUGGGGGCUCUCUAGAUGACACAGUUUGAAUACACCACAUUGACAUCCCUCUCAUGACUGACUAUCUUCAUGUAUUUUUGUAUCUGUCACACGCUCUUUGCAACGUAUACCUGCAAGUUUUGACGAGCAACUUCCAAUUCUCAUCGGAUUGUAUUCUCAUAAGUACAACAAUUUAUUUACAUAAUUUGGACAUGGAAAUGAAGUUUAACAGUUUGGAGUGAGGUC